AUGAAAAUGUUCAUCAUCAUAUUUGCUUUUUUAUUGACGGUGGCAUCGCCGACCAAGUAUGGACCCAUGAGAUGUGACGCCGAAAAUCAGAUUUUGAAUCCGUGUGCGACGCAAAUGUACAGAACUUGUGAACGACAAAAUCCACCCACUGGAAUAUGUGUUGAGCGAUGUGAUUGUGCGCCAGGAUUCGUGGCGCAUCCGACGACCAAGAAAUGUGUGACACCAGACAAUUGUCCAUAA